UUGGGUACAAGUGACGAAACACUCGCGCUAACUGCCUGUGCGGAGGAGGGAACAUUUCAUUGUUGUUCCCGGGACUCCGAGCGGGCCACAACACACAAUCCAACGGUAGCCGACGUUAACGCACAGUUGAGAAUAUUAGCCAGGUGAUCUACUGAUGUUUUAAAGUUGGUUUUGACCUGAUAAAGAGCGAGUACGCAGUCUAGCUAAAAUUAACCUACUUGUUUUGGGAAGGAAAGAUACAGCUAGAGCGUGUGUGUUGUUAUAGAAAGUGUAAGAGGCUAACAUGGCAACCGGAGGGACUCCUUUUGAUGACAGUACAGAGGAGCUACACAACUGGACUGUAACUAAUGGCAGUCUGGAAGACCGGCUCAACAACAUGGACUGGGGUGUACAACAGAAGAAAGCUAACCGUUCUUCAGAGAAAAACAAGAAGAAACUGUCAGCUGCAGUGGUGGAAAGCCGCCUGACCAAUGAUAUCUCACCAGAGUCCACUCCCGGGGCUGGUCGCAGGAGAGCACGCACACCUCAUUCUUUUCCCCACAUUAAGUAUACCACCCAGAUGUCUGUCCCAGACCAGGCAGAACUGGACAAGCUGCGUCAGAGGAUCAAUUUCACAGACCUGGAUGAGCGGAGCAUUGGCAGUGACUCCCAGGGUCGUGUCACAGCAGCCAACAACCAGCGCCAGUUAGCUGGAGAGAACAAGAAACCGUACAAUUUCCUACCUCUACAUGUUAAUACGAACAAAAGCAAGGAGCUGCUCCCUCCCUCCUCCUCUGCCCCAGCCACCCCAGCCAUCACUAAGGAAACCAAGAAACAGAGCCCAGGACUCAGGGAUACUUUAGCCCCUGUGGUUCCAGUUAAAGACACGCCAAGGCUCAGCUGUGGUGGCAUUGACAGAGCACUGCCUACAGUUCACAGGGAAUAUGGGAGAGGAGAGGCAAGAAUUGACAGCAGCCAGGUGGUGAGUAAACUGGUCCAGAUCCGGGAGUACAUCAGUAAGGCCAGCUCCAUGCGGGAUGACCUGGUAGAGAAGAAUGAUGUACCGGCAAACGUGGAACGCCUUUCUCAUCUCAUCGAGCACCUCAAAGAGCAGGAGAAGUCCUACUUACGGUUCCUGCAGAAAAUGCUGGCGCGGGAAAAUGAUGACGAUGAUGUGGGGACUCUGGACUCUGCAGUGGGUUCAGGUUCAGUGGCAGAGAGCACUUCUCUUAACAUUGAGGUGCGCUCCUCAGAUGCCUCCAAUGCAACGGGUGGUAGGCCAGAAGCUGUGCGAGCUGACCAAAAGGAAGAGUUAGAGAAUUUGCGAAAGCAGCAUGAGCUGCUAAAGAAGAUGCUGGAGCAGCAAGAACAGCUCAGGGCUCUUCAGGGCCGGCAGGAAGCAUUGAUGGCCAUGCAGCACAGUGCUGAACGAGCACUGGCUGUGAUUGAAGACACUGCAGUGGUCACUGAAACCACAGGUAGUGUAUCGGGCCUGAGCAUCACAUCAGAACUGAAUGACGAGUUGAACGAUUUGAUCCAGCGGUUCCACAACCAGCUACAUGAUUCUCAGUCUAAGGCAGUGCCAGAUAACCGUCGUCAGGCUGAGAGUCUCUCCCUCUCCAGAGAGGUCUGCUGGUCCAGGUCUCCCCAGGCUGUGGGCCCACCUCAACACCGACCCCUCCUGCACUCUGCUUCUGGUCCUCACACUGGUCUGGAUGCAGCAGCUGCUAGUGCCAAACUCAGUAAACUUCAGGAGCUCCAGGACAAGAAACAGACCAUGGACAAAAUCCUACAGGAACUGCAUUCACUCCGAGACCAGACACUCAACAACAACUCUUGUCGAGGUUUAUCAACACAAUGCAGUCUGAGUAUGGCUGGAUCUUCAACUUGUCCAUCUGCUCUGUGUUCUAAUGGAGCCUCGGCCUCCACUUCCUUCCAUCCGUCACACUCACAACACCAGGACAGUUCCAAUUCUACUGACAAGCUCAGGAAGCUUAAGGAGGUCCACAAGCGUUUAAAUGAGUUACGGGAGUUGGUUCAGUACUAUGAGCAGACCUCUGAUAUGAUGGUGGAUGCAGUUAAUGUGAAAGAAGAUGAUGAUGAGGAAGAAGAGGAGGAAGAUGAGACAGAAGAUGGGUCCAUGUUUGAGGCCAUGUUUGACUCUGAGCAGGAGAACCGUCAGCCUGUUACUAACAUAAGAAACCCACAGCGUGGUGGGAACUGGUCAGACUUGAACAGCCUGACCAACAGCCGCACUGUCAGAAGUAGUGGCACAAACAAUCGUGAUGGCAGACUCAACACAGAAUGUGAGAUCAAUAACCGAUCAGCAGCCAACCUCCGCAGCCUCAACAUCCCAUCAGUUAUUGCAUGUCAGUAUAAUAGGGACACUUCCUAUAAUCAGGUGAAGGAUGAAGAUGAGGAUGAGGACUGUCUUGAUAAUGAUGAAGGAGCGCACGCUGUGGCUGCGGACAGUGAUGCAUCAGGGUCUAGUCGGAGGAGCAGCCUUGGUAAUGAUGCAGCUUUUGUUCAGAAGGUCCAUCGGCGUACAGCUAAACAGAAACUGCGGCAGCUGCAGGAACUGGUGGCCAUGGUUCAGAGUGAUGACACAGAUGGCACAACAGCUAAUGAAGAUGAGACAUUACAUCAACAGCCAAAUAAUACUAGAUCUACUGGACCUGGGGCCCUGGGGUCUGGAAGCAAACAGAAUCCCAGAGAUCUCACAUUGUCAAGCCAGGCCAGGGAGAAACUAUAUGUAGAGAAACUACGUCAGCAAAAGCAAGAGUUGAAACAGCUCCAUGAAGAGCGCCAGAGGCUCAUUGAAAUCCAGGGCAAGAUCCAGGACCUGCAGUGGGCUUGCCCUGAUAUUCAGUCAUCUGUGUCCAGCACAGUGAGUCAGCAGGGCUUGCUGAGGAAAGUCCCACUUGCAGUUUCAACUCCAGCAGCCAUCCAAGUUUCUUCCUGCUCUGGAACCAAAACCAACUCUGCUAUGCUCAAACCAACUGCCCCAGAAGCUGCAACUUCUUCAGUCACUGACAAUGAGCAGCUUUGGUCAGAGAUGCGUCGUCACCAGAUUUUGCGGGAAGAACUGCGACAGCGUCGAAAGCAUCUAGAGUCUUUGAUGGCUGAACAUCAGAGACGCAGCGGUCGCAGUGACUCCCCUCAUAGGAUUGAUGACCAAGAAACCAUAGCCACACUGUCUGUCAGCAGGGAUGAAAGGACAAUGGCUACCUGGGGUUCCACUCCCUGCCACCUUGAUGUUGAUGACGAUGAUGAAGUGGAUGAUUAUCAGUCAGGGAUGGAUGCUGAGGAGGAAGAGGAGCAGGAGGAAUGUGCAGAGAGCAGCACUGAUGAUGAUAUCCACAUUUACUCAUCCAGCAGGAAUCAGCGGUCUUUCAGCAACAGGAAGAAUCAAGGAAGCAACCUGAAGCCUCCUCCAACCUUCUCAGGUGAGGGUAAUGGCCAUCUGUCGUUUAAUAGUAAGGUCAAUACCAAACAGCAGCAGCAGCAGUCUAGGAGUUUGAAUCAGCCCGUGAACCAGCACAGUGGUACACGACGGCAAGAGAACCUCCGCUGGGCAUCAGAUCUGUCAUUUGCCGAAGGCUCGUGUCACUGGCAGGAACAGGUCAGCCAGCUGCAGAAACAGCUGGACUUCAGCACCAGCAUGUGUCAGACUCUUCUGCAGGACCAGCAGACACUGUCAUAUAUGUUGCAAACCCUGCUGACAGGUCAAUGCAGCAUUCUGCCCAACAACGUGUCAUCACCACAGGUCCAACUGAUGAUGCACCAACUCAACCAAUGUUACACCCAGCUGGCUUGGCAGCAAAACAAUGUACAAAGAUUGAAGCAAGUACUGAAUGAGCUGCUCCGCCAGCAACAACAACAGCAGCAGCAGCAGCCUCCACCCUCUUCAGUAGCAGGUUGGCAGACUCAAAAGCAGACUUCAUCCCAGGAAUCCAGCUCCUGUCCCUCAGUCUCUCAUGGCAUGGGCCCUCCUUUCUCUUCUACCCUGCAACCUCUAACCAACAACAUGCCAGCAGCUGCCUUAUCCCCUUUCCCUCCCAGUUUUAACUUAUAUCCACUCUUCCCUGCUGCCAUGGGUGAGUUCCCACAGGGUGCAGCAGGGCAGGCUACCCCCGAGCACCAGAAGCAGCAGUUAGAUCCCAAUACUUCAAUCAAAACAGAGUACAUGAGUUUCCCUCCUCCACUGCAACGCACUCCUCUUAACUCCACUACAGAGAGAGGGCCUGUGAGUUGGCUUAAUACCUCAUACACAAACAACACUAUCCAGCACCAUUCUGUAAAAGCGGAUCCCAGAGAGUCUCCCCCUUCCUCUCCAACCAUCGCCUACCAGCACUUCCAACCUCAAGACUUUGACCGGGCCUCACAGGGGAGUUUCAGCAGCAUGCCUGAUCCUGUCGACCCCACUACCAUCACAAAGACCUUCAAAACUGGGCGAAAGGCCUCAGCACAGGCAAACCUGGCCUCUCGAACCAAGACCCCCAAUUCGAAGAGCCGUCGCAGGAGGAACAAAGGACACAACAUGAACAAUGAAGGUCGAGACAGUGACAGUGCCAGCAGCACUGCCGACGGUGGCCAGGAGAGGGCACCCCUGUCUCGUGGCAAGGAUCAGAAUCAGCGUCUCCUGGCCAAACUGACACAAGAGAAACUAGACAGCAAAAUGAAGAUGGGACACAAACAAAAUGACCUCUCCUCUGCCUAUGCUUGGAGAACACCCUUCCUCUCUAACAGAAUUGCAUGCACAGAAGCACCAGAUGCAAGUAGUGACUUCUCACUAUUUGAGGCACUGAGGGAAACCAUUUACUCUGAGGUGGCAACUUUGAUAUCUCAGAACGAGUCCCGACCCCAUUUCCUCAUCGAGCUAUUCCAUGAGCUGCAGCUUCUCAACACAGACUACUUACGUCAGAGAGCACUGUAUUCAUUACAGGACAUAGUGACCAGGCACCUGACAGAGAAGAGUGCAGCUGAGGACCAUUUGCCCCCCCUCGGCCCUGUGGCGUGGGCUGCAGGUUCUCAGUCUGAGCUCACACCCAGUGAGAGUCUGGCUACAAGCGAUGCAGAGGUGGUCGAGAAGAACGUUAGGCUUGCACAGGACAAGAAGCGGGAUGAUGUAGAAUCUGUGGGCAAUGAGAGCACCAUGUCUACUUCAUCAAACCUGGAACCAUUCGCCAAUGAUGACCUGGGCAACACGGUGAUUCAUUUAGACAAAGCUCUGGCCAGGAUUAGGGAGUAUGAACGCAUGAAACUUAAAGCUGAGUUUAACCCGUGCAAUGGCAGCUCUGCAGAUGCAGGUGGUUCUGAAGCUUCAAAUGCUGAACAUCCUUCUGCUAACCCUGCUACAUCACUGGAAGGAGCAGUCGGUGAUGUGCGCUGUCCUCAGAUUGACACUCAACAACUGGACCGUCAGAUCAAAGCUAUCAUGACAGAAGUCAUCCCUUUCCUCAAGGAGAAUAUGGAUGAGGUGUGCUCACUUCAGCUGUUGACAUCUGUGCGGCGCAUGGUCCUUACCCUCACCCAGCAGAAUGAUGACAGCAAAGAGUUUGUUCGUUUUUUCCACAGACAGCUGGGAGGAAUCCUGCAGGACUCUCUCAGUAAAUUUGUGGGUCGUACUCUCAAGGACUGUGGCGAGGACCUUCUUGUGGAGAUCUCAGAGAUCCUCUUCAAUGAAUUGGCCUUUUUCAAACUCAUGCAGGAUUUGGACAGUAGCAACAGCCUCACACUGGCAGCCAAACACAAAAACAGGAUGAAAGCUGAACUGCCCUAUAAAGCCAAGCAUAAUCUCAAGGAAAGUGCAAACCCUGAAGCUAAUAAGUCAGUUUCUCCAACGUAUUCAGAUGAAGACAAGGACCAAGAUGAAGCCGAGCAGGAUGCUGACUCUGCUCACCAGACCCAGCAGGAGCUUUACCUUCAAACAGAGAGGAAGGACAACAAGAGCAGUGAAGCUUCAGAGGCAGAAGAGGAAGACGAAGACGAAGGAGACAGACAGGGAAUUCCUCUAUCAAUCAGUCUCUCAAAAGCAGAGACCCAGGCCUUGACAAACUACGGGAGCGGGGAGGACGAGAACGAAGAAGAGGAGAUGGAGGAGUUUGAGGCUGGACCGGUGGAUGUCCAAACCUCUCUACAGGUUACUACUGAUGGACAGGUGGAACAUGAGGUGAAAAUGCAGACAGAAACCUCAGAGAACAAAACCGAAGAGAAGGAUUCAGUACACGGAGAUGCUGAGACCACCAACAGGUCACCAGAGCCUGGUGAUUCCACAGGAGAGGAGCACAACGUGUCAGAGCAUCAGAGGCCUGAGGAAGAGGAGAGUAAAGCUGAGGCAGCUGCUGCAUCUGAGGAGAACACCACAGCCCCCCAGAGUCAGGAUGUCCCCAAAGAGCCCACCACCAGCAGCAGUCCUGACACAGACUCCCCCGUCAUGAUCAGUGUGGAUGAGGUGGGCUCAGGUAACACCAGUCAGAGGUCUGACGAGGAGGACUUUGUCAAGGUGGACGACUUGCCUCUGCAGCUCACGGUCAUGUGUGAGGAGGAGCUGCAGAAGAGAAUAGUGGAGGAGCAGCAGAAUAACAACCUGUCUGUGGAGAUCCUCCGUGGGAACACUGAAUCACUCAGUGGACUGGUGGGAAAUGCUCAAGCACUGAAGGAGCCAGAGAUCGUUGGCUCCCCGAGUGUGUAAACACAUAUCCAGAUGUCAUCAGAGCUCUCCCGUGAUUAGAAACACUAUCCUUAAACCCUCCAUCAGUUGAGUUUAUUCUUGUUGAUUCUUAAUCUGCUAGUUUAAAGGAGCAGUGGCUUAUACUUGUGAUCACUUUUAGCAGUGACACAACUGAUAACUAAAGCUGUGCACGUAAUUAACACUGACUUGUAUUGGUGAAUGUUGAAUGUGAUACUGAUAAUCUGGGAUGGGGUUAUCGCUCUGUGCUGCUCAUUUACUGACAGUUCAGCCUCUGUUGGAAUCUUUCCUCGUUCUGAACCUCCUGCUCUGAUACACCUUAGGCUCUUUUCUUAGUUCUCUGUUCUGGGAUCAGUUUGACAUUAAUUGUGAUUUUUUUUUUUUUUUAAUGUUUUUUUUUUGCCUCUGCCUUGCCUUACUGUUGUACAGUUCAUCUUUUUUCUGCACUUGAUUCCUAAUUAUAAAGAGAUUACAGUAGACUGGAGGUUAAGCUGUAGACUGGUUGACAGGAGUUGAUUGUUGGAACAUUUUUUCUUUUAUAUCAGAGCUCAGCGCUCAAACUUAGAUUUUAUCUCCUCAGACACCUUUAUACACAGUUUUGUUGUUACUGUUAGUUUCCCCAUGUAAUUAAAAUGCUGACUACACUGAUCAGUUUUAAAUAAUAAAACGCUGGACCUUCAAAAAUUGUCAGUUGUUUUUCA